AAGAGCGUCCGGUGUGAACCGGAAGCCCCGUUGGGAGCAGCCGUCGCGGAGACCCGGCGGCACAGGCCGUGUGGUGCUGUUGCUGCCAUGGGCAAAAGAGACCGGGGAGACCGCGAUAAGAAGAAGUCCAAGAAGCGGCACUACGAGGAUGAAGAAGAAGAUGACGACGACGUCCCCGGGAACGACUCUCAGGAGGCGGUCCCCUCGGCGGCUGGGAAGCAGGUGGAUGAGUCCGGCACCAAAGUUGAUGAAUAUGGAGCCAAGGACUACAGGCUGCAGAUGCCGCUGAAGGACGACCACACCUCGAGGCCCCUCUGGGUGGCUCCUGAUGGCCACAUCUUCUUAGAAGCCUUCUCUCCGGUUUACAAAUAUGCUCAAGACUUCCUGGUGGCUAUUGCAGAGCCAGUGUGCCGACCAACCCACGUGCAUGAGUACAAACUAACUGCCUACUCCCUGUAUGCAGCUGUCAGUGUUGGGCUACAAACUAGUGACAUCACUGAAUACCUCAGGAAGCUCAGCAAGACGGGAGUCCCUGAUGGAAUUAUUCAGUUUAUUAAGCUAUGUACUGUCAGCUACGGAAAAGUCAAGCUGGUCCUGAAGCACAACAGGUACUUCGUUGAAAGCUCCCACCCUGAUGUCAUCCAGCAUCUUCUCCAGGAUCCGGUGAUCCGGGAGUGCCGCCUGCGGAACUCUGACGGGGAGGCCACGGAGCUCAUCACAGAGACGUUCACGAGCAAGUCGGCUAUCGCCAAGACUGCUGAGGGCAGUGGUGGACCUUCCACUUCCCGGGUGACAGACCCACAGGGAAAAUCUGAUAUCCCCACAGACCUGUUUGACUUCUACGAACAAAUGGACAAGGAUGAGGAAGAAGAAGAAGAGACCCAGACAGUAUCUUUUGAAGUCAAGCAGGAAAUGAUUGAAGAGCUCCAGAAACGUUGUAUCCACCUGGAGUACCCCCUGUUGGCAGAGUAUGACUUCCGGAAUGAUUCUGUUAACCCUGAUAUCAACAUUGACCUGAAACCCACAGCCGUCCUUAGACCUUAUCAGGAAAAGAGCUUGCGGAAGAUGUUUGGGAAUGGACGUGCCCGCUCAGGGGUCAUCGUUCUUCCUUGUGGUGCCGGCAAGUCCCUGGUUGGUGUGACAGCUGCCUGCACCGUGAGAAAGCGCUGUCUGGUACUGGGCAACUCAGCUGUGUCUGUGGAGCAGUGGAAAGCCCAGUUCAAGAUGUGGUCCACCAUUGACGACAGCCAGAUCUGCCGCUUCACCUCCGAUGCCAAGGACAAGCCCAUCGGCUGCUCCAUUGCCAUUAGCACCUACUCCAUGCUGGGCCACACCACCAAAAGGUCCUGGGAGGCUGAGCGAGUCAUGGAGUGGCUCAAAACUCAGGAGUGGGGCCUCAUGAUCCUGGAUGAAGUACAUACCAUACCAGCCAGGAUGUUCCGACGGGUGCUUACCAUCGUGCAGGCCCACUGCAAGCUGGGUUUGACCGCCACCCUCGUCCGGGAAGAUGACAAAAUUGUCGACUUAAAUUUUCUGAUUGGCCCCAAGCUCUACGAAGCCAAUUGGAUGGAGCUGCAGAACAAUGGCUACAUCGCCAAAGUCCAGUGUGCCGAGGUUUGGUGCCCGAUGUCUCCUGAGUUUUACCGGGAGUAUGUGGCAAUCAAAACCAAGAAACGAAUCUUGCUGUAUACCAUGAACCCCAACAAAUUCAGAUCUUGCCAGUUUCUGAUCAAGUUUCAUGAAAGGAGGAAUGACAAGAUUAUUGUCUUUGCCGACAAUGUGUUUGCCCUGAAAGAAUAUGCCAUUAGGCUGAACAAACCCUAUAUCUAUGGUCCUACAUCCCAGGGAGAGAGGAUGCAGAUUCUCCAGAAUUUCAAGCACAACCCCAAAAUCAACACCAUCUUCAUAUCCAAGGUGGGUGACACAUCGUUUGAUCUGCCAGAAGCAAAUGUUCUCAUUCAGAUCUCAUCUCAUGGUGGCUCCCGGCGGCAGGAGGCCCAGAGGCUGGGGCGAGUGCUCCGAGCCAAAAAAGGAAUGGUGGCAGAGGAGUACAAUGCCUUCUUCUACUCGUUGGUGUCCCAGGACACACAGGAAAUGGCUUACUCAACCAAGCGGCAGAGGUUCUUGGUAGACCAGGGUUAUAGCUUUAAGGUGAUCACAAAGCUGGCUGGUAUGGAGGAAGAAGAGCUGGCAUUUUCCACGAGGGAAGAGCAACAACAGCUCCUACAGAAGGUCCUGGCAGCCACUGACCUGGAUGCAGAGGAAGAGGUGGUGGCAGGAGAAUUUGGCUCCAGGUCCAGCCAGGUGUCUCGGCGCUUUGGCACAAUGAGUUCUAUGUCUGGGGCCGACGACACCGUGUACAUGGAGUACCACUCGUCACGGGGCAAGACUUCCACGAAGCACGUGCACCCACUCUUCAAGCGAUUCAGGAAAUGAUGGCCACACGGUCACCCAGGUCAAGCCAGGGUGCUCAGCACCACCGCUGGAGAGGGAUUUUCCGUACCAUAAUCUUUCCUCUGUCAUUGGCCAACAUGAUCUAGAUGCAGUGUUUGUUAACUGUGUUGAGGAAAAUGCAUUGAGAGCUUGGCUCUGUCUUUGUGAAUCAUCCAGGUCUUUUUGAAAAAGUUGGGAGACUAUAUUUUUGGGGGUUCCUAGACCAUUUUCCAAUCUUGGGGAGUGGUCAUUCCUGUAUAUAAAUCUUUGUAAUGUUUAAGGUGUAUAAAUGGAACAUUUAACAACUCUUUUUUUUUUUUUUUACGUUUAUUUAUUUUGAGAGAGUGCAUGAGCGAGAGCAGGGGAGGGGCAAAGAGAGAGAGAGAGAGAGAGAGAGGAAGAGGAGAGAGAGAAUCCCAAGCAGGCUCCAUGCUCACAACCUGAGCCGAAAUCAGGAGUCAGAUGCUUGGCCGACUCAGCCACCCAGGCGUCUCAAGCACUCUUUAUUACAGGUGUUCUUAUGCCUUGUCACAGGCAGGGGCUACGUCUAGGUGACAAACCUCCAUCAAGGCCCCCUUUGUAGUAGGCACCAGGGAGUAAAAUGGGGCACAUCCCUGAGGAGCUACUGGGAGACACAUCCCAAGAUACAGAAGACUUGCUACUUGGUGUUGAGGUGUUGACAGGGGAGAGGCCCAGAGAGAGGGAGGAGCUCACGUGGGCUGCAGUGCUGCCUGGUCACUGUUUGGCCUCUGUGCCUUCCACGCUCGGCGCCCCUGUGUGCAGGUCCUGUAGGUCACUCGGGGGCCAUCACAUGUUUAGGGAGCCACCGUGCACAUGGCUUCUCUGGUGGGUCUCUUAUUUCUCUCCCAGAUCCACUUUUGAUAUUGUUGGUAGGCUGGAUUCCUCUUCUAAUAGCAGUUUUUAUUUUAAUUUUAAUGUAAUGUAAUUUAUUUUAUUUUAUUUUUAUUUUUAUGUUAUGUUGCUAUUUUUAAUUUACAUCCAGGUUAGCAUAUAUAGUACAAUAACAAUUUCAGGAGUAGUUCCAGUGAUUCAUUCCCUAUGUAUAACACCCGGUGCUCAUCCCAACAAGUGCCCUCCUUAAUGCCCCUUGUCCAUUUAGCUCAUCCCCCCACCCACACCCCCUCCAGUAGUCCUCAGUUUUGCAUUUUAAGAGUGUCUUAUGGUUUGUCCCCCUCCUUAUUUUUAUACCUCUUCUUAUAGCAGUUUAAUCCCCUUGGGUCUUUAAUUGCUAGUUCCUUUCUUCUGAGAAAUGUCUUCUCUCUUGUUCCUGGUAUGAAAGAAAAGCAGGAAGGACAAAAAAAGCAGGAUUGUUCCAUUAAAAAGACACACACACAAGGCAUGCAUAGGUCAUGAAGAAAAACUUGUUAAUUUGAGAAGGAGGUUCAUCCUAAUAGGUGACAGUGCUCACCUCUGGGAAGUGUUGAAAUCCUGUGCUACAAAAGGCCUCUAAAUUAGGAGUCCCUGUCCGGCCUCCGGCUCAGCAGCAGCGCUCUUUGCUGUGGCUGCUCUGUGAAGCGGCUGCAGGCCGGGCCUGGGAAGACCGUACGUCUUUGGUCAGGAGUGCUUUGAAGCGAGAGCCACCUUUCCGGAUUUCCGCUUUUCUGAGCUGACCUUUUGGGGACAAACACUCAUAGUCUGGUCAGCAGCCAACUGCUCUGCGCAAACCCCAGAAAUGGCCCAUAGCAGCCAGACAUGAGGCCUGGGCUCAGGCCUGUGUGUGCCGAGGCCUGUACACCUACUAAUUACUCACCCUGAUGGGCUGGCACCCAGAUGUCUCAAACCUGAUCAUCAAACCUGAAUGCCUAUUAUUUCCAAAUUCUCUCUGGUCACACCUUUAUGCUUGAGAUACUCGACUGAUACCAAGCACUUCUUGUAUUUGCACAUUUCUGUCCUUGGUGCUCACUGUUUUCUUGUUCUGUAACAUGUCUACUGGUAAUGUGGACCUUGACCCCAAGCCCUGUGAUCCUGGAAAACGGGGACUGUUAAAAGGAAUCCAUCCUUUAUGUUCUGGAAAACUGCUUACAGCAGAGAACCACCCUUCCACACAUGAUAUAGACAAGACUUGUCUUGUUUACCCUUUGUUUACCUGUGACAAGGCCAGACACAUCUUCCACACUCCCAUUUUUUGCCUCCGCUGUGCUAUGUCCUAAUUUAUGGUGGUGUUUUUCUUUGUUUUUUACGUGUCUGAACUCUGUCUGUUCCUCCGUAACUGGUGUAUGGCAGGUGCCCAGGGAGUACUGAAUGGGAUUCUGAAAAGUGUUUAUGGACUUUAGAAAAGUUAAAAAAAAAAAAAAAAUCCUUGAGAACUUUAAAAAAGGGUUCAUGUUCGUGGACUUAAAAGUAACACUGUGACCCUGCCUGCUUGUGCCCUGAGGGGAGUUGUGAGUGAACUACCUACUGGCAACUACCUAUGCUGCUGUGCCUUCCUCCUGCCUUUGCCCUGAGCCAGCUCUCACAGCCCCAGGAAAUGGGAUUCGCAGGACAAAACUGGAGAGGACAGCUGCACAAAGAACUAGAGAGGUUUGCUUAGGGUUCCCUGACCUUCCACUGACCACUGGUCAGCAUACGCGUAUAAGGAACCACAUGAAUGGGUUGGGGGAGCUUUACCCAGGACCUGGUUGUUCCUGUUCCCAUCAGCCAGGGUGAGAAACCUCAUAAUCACAGGGCAUGUAGUAGAACAUUCAGCCAGGCUCUGCCUCAGUAGUGUGUGAAGUUACACCCAAAUUCACACUUCCUCCAUCCUAACAAAGUUUAAAACCGAGACCCAAAAUGAUCAAAGUGCACAUACUUAACGGCAAUCCGAGAACAAAGCUAAUUGUUGCAAUACAAAAAUACCUUGCAACUGAUAAAACUCAUGAUGUCUGACAUCCAAUCAGAACCUACCAGGCAAGCAAAGAGCAAAUAAAAUAGCAUCCCUAAUGAAAAGGAAAAUAAAAUGGAUCCAGAAAUGACCCAGAUGAUACAAUUAGGACACAGGCCAUUAAAAGUUGUAACUGUACUCCAGAUGCUGGCAAAGCCAGAAGAAAGAUGGAAUGUGUUAACACAAGAUAUAAAAAUCCAAUAGCAGGGCGCUAGGGUGGCUCAGUUGGUUAGGCGCCCGACUUUGGGUCAGGUCAUGAUCUCACGGUUUGUGAGUUCAAGCCCCACAUUGGGCUCUGUGCUGACAGCUCAGAGCCUGGAGCCUGCUUUGGAUUCUGUGUCUCCCUCUCUCUGCCCCUCCUCCACUCACGCCAUCUCUCUUUCUCUCUCAAAAAUAAAACAAAAUCCCAUGGAAAACUUAUAGAGAUUAAAACUACAGUGUCUAAAAUGAAAAAACAAAAAAAAACUAUGGAUGUAAUCAAUCCCCUCCCUUAAAUGUGAGCUGGAAGUAGACUUGCUUCUAAUGGAAAAAAUCCAUCAAAAGAGAUGGCUGUUGCUUCCAAGAUCAGGUGACAAAAGACUUUGACUUUUUCUUGUUCCCGUACUGUCUGGCACCUCUUGGUUGUUUGCUCUGACCAAGCGAGCUGCUCCUUGGAGAGUUCCACAUGGCAUGGAACUGAGUGGGGAGGUCAGUGGAGGGACUCGGUCCAGUAGGCCAUGAGGGACUGAAUCCUACCAACCACCAUAUGAGUGAGCUUGGAAAUGGAUCCUCCACCAGUCGAGCCUUGAGAUGACCACAGCCCUAACCUACCCCUGAUGGCACCCCGUGAGAGACCCCGAGCCAGAGGACCCAGCUAAGGCCCUGGAUUCCUGAGGUACAGAAACUAUGAGCUAGUAAAUGUCAUUUGAAGCUGCUGAAUUUUAAAUUUAAAAAAUUUCCUAUUGGUUACAUAUCUUUUUUUAAUGUUUAUUUUUGAGAGAGAGAGACACAGAGUGCGAGCAGAGGACAGGCAGAGAGAGAGGGAGACAGAAUCCAAAGCAGGUUCCAGGCUCCGAGUUGUCAGCACAGAGCCUGACACGGGGGCUUGGACCCACUGACCGCGAGAUCGUGACCUGAAACUAGGUAUUGGGGGGUCUCUUACAUGGUGGCAAAACUUAGUGGCACUAUCAACAGGUUUUGUGGAGAGCAGGACGUUCUAACGAACUUUGUGAUCUAGGCUUGCAAGAUUUGCAAGCAGUGUUCAAGGUGCCGCCUGAUUUCUUCUUGCUGCUGAAGUAGUAAAAUGCAAAUGGAGGGCAGAACUGUUUUUAAAAAGGAGCCAUUUCUUGAUGGUUUAAAAAAUUCUCAGCCUCUCCCAACUGCAGCUGACAACUAAAACAGUGCGAUUAUUGGAGAUCAGAUGUUGUGGAAGGAAAGAUUGGUGCACUUGAAAACACAUUAAUUUAAAUGAAAUGAAACAAAAAAAAAAGACUGAAACAAAAUGAGCAGAGCCAUUAGUGAGCUGUGGGGCAACUUCAGGUGGCCGGAUAUGCGUGUGUUUGGAAUCCUUGAAGCAGAAGAGGAAGAAGGGAAGAUAGGAAAAAAAAAAAAAGGGUUGGAAAAAAAAUGGCUGAAAUUUUUCUAAGCUUGAUGAAAACUGUAAGCCCCCAGUUCCAAGAAACAAAAUGAACUCCAAGCACAGGAAAUAACACCAAGGAUACAUCAAAAGCAAAUUGCUUAAAACCAGCGAUAAAGAGAAAAUCAAAAAGGAACCAGAAUACAUUUUGUGUACAGGGAACAUGGAUAAAGGUAUCAGCAGAAAGAAUUCAUCACUAGCUGACCUGCCUCUGAGUCAGGUUUAAGGAAGUUCUUUCUUUUUUUAAGUUUAUUUAUUUAUUUUGAGAGAGACAGGGACAGCGUGAGUGGGGGAGGGAGAGAGAGAAUCCCCAGCAGGCUCCACACUGUCAGCACAGAGCCCAAUGCGGGGCUUGAACUCAUGAAAUCACGAGGUCAUGACUGCAAACGACAUUGGUAAAUAGAAAAGAUUUUCUUAUUAUUCACAUUUCUUUUUGUAAAGAAUUUAUUGCCGAGUUCUGGAAAGAUGGAUCAUGGUCAUUCUUGCACAACAACAUGACUGUGAUUAAUGCCAUUGAACUGUAUACUUAAAUAUGGUUAAGGUGGUAAAUUUUGUUAUCUAUCACCACAAUAAAAAAAUAACUGUUUAAAGCAAGGCUAAUGUAUCGUGGAGUUUACAAAAGUAAAAUGUGUAACAACAGCACAAAAGCCAGGAGAGUAGAGAUGGAAAUAUGCUAUUGUAAGGUUUCUGUAUUAUAUAUAAUGUGGUACAAUACGACUUGAAAGUAGUCUGUGAUUAGUUAAAAAACCUCUUAAGCAACCAUGAAAAUAGCACGGCAAAGGAUUAUGGCUUCUAAUCCAACACAGGAGAUAAAACGGAAUCAUGAAAAAUACUACACCCUAAGAAAAGUGGAAAAAGGGAAUAAGAGGCUGAUGGGAAAAUCUAGAGUAAACAGAAAAUGAUCUGAACGCCCUCAAUUAAAAGGUAGACAUUGUCAGAUUCUGAGAACAAGGACCCAACUAUGCUGCCUACAAGUUGAAAUAUUAGGAUGCAAAUAGGUUAAAAGCAAAAGAAGGAGAAAAAAAAAUAUAUUGUCUUAACACUAAGCAAAAGAAAGCUGGAGUAGCUAUACUAUUGGGUGAAGUAGAUUUCAGAGCGUAGACUAUGACCCGGGAUAAAGAGUGUCAUUCUAUAAUGAUAAAGUGGGAAUAACUCUAAACAUUUAGGUCCCCAGUAACAGUUUAAAAAUAUAUGGGGUGGGACGCCUGGGUGGCUUAGUCAGUUGAGCGUCCUACUUUAGCUCAGGUCAUGAUCUCACCGUUCAUGAGUUCGAGCCCCACGUUGGGCUCUGUGCUGACAGCUCAGAGCCUGGUGCCUGCUUCGGACUCCCUCUCUCUCUGACCCUCUUCUGCUCACACCCUGUGUCUCUCUCUCUCUUAAAAAUAAACAUUAAAAAAUUUUUUUUUAAAUACACAGAGCAAAAACUGAUACACCCGCAAGCAGGAAUAAGACACUCGUAUUCAGAAAUUUUAAUACCUUUCUCUCAAUAAUUAAUAGAGUAAGUAGACCAAAAAUCAGUUAAGACAGAAGACAAUGCCAUCCACCUGGUUGACUUAAUUGACGCUUCUGGAAUGCCACCCACUAAGAGCAGAAUACACAUUCUUCUCCAGGUCAGACAGACCGUUUGCCAGGACAGAUUCAAUUCUGGGCCAUACAGCAGGUCCCCAUUAAUUUAAAACGAUUCAAGUCAUACCAACUAUGUUCUGUGACCACAGUGGAAUUAAAUUAGAAAUCGAUAAAAGAAAGAUCUCUGGGAAACCUCCCCGCCCCUGGGCUAUUUGAAAACCAAGUAAAACAAUUCUAAAUCUAAAACCUCAAAAGGGAAUUUAGUAUUUUUGAAUUGAGUGAAAAUGAAAACCAUGUUGUUUAUAUAUUUUUUAUUUCUCUAAAUUAUAGUGUUUUGGUGUCUUAAAAACCUUUCUGGCUGGGGAGAGACUGACCCUCCUAGGGCUAGCCAGUUCUGGAGGCAGAAGAGGUCCAGCUAGGAGCCUGUCUCUGAUUUGCAAACUAACCAAUCCAGAACCAGGCCUCCUCUAUCUGGUUCAUACUCCCCAAGAAGCAAGAUUCUGCCACCUUAGUAGAGGUGUGGGCAACUAGGGACCAUCCUGCUAGUUCAGAGCCCACUGAAAUUAUUCAAACUGGACACUCCUAAAGUGUUCAUCCUGCCCUUCUUUGCCUGUCCCACAGAAACUCCAGUAAAGGUUCUAGCCCCAGCCUUCCCCCUCCACCCCUGCUUUCUGCCUGCUGAGCACACCAAGACGUCCCCCCGUGGCCCUGUGUGGCGUGCUAUGUUGUGCCUCAGGUGUCUAGGACCUGUGAGUAUCAUAAACUUGUCUUCCUGAACUUCUCCUGUGUCUUCUCUUGUAGCUACACCUGACUGACCAUAACAUAAAAGAACAUAGAACAGAAGCCAGCCUAUCAAAAAUUGGGACAUGCAGCCUGUCCUGUCCUUAGAGGGAAAUGUAUAGUAUUAACCUAUAAGAGAAAAGAAGAAAGAUCUUAACUCAGUGACCUCAGCUUUCAGUUUAAGAAACUAGAAAAGGAAGAGCAAAAGACUAGGGAAAACAAAGAUUUUUUUUAAAGCAGAAAAUCCAUGCAAUGGGAAACAAAGCAAUGCAGAAAGGCAACAAAACUGAAAACAUGUUCCUUGAAAAAAUCAGUAAAAUUGAUAAACCGUUAGCCAGACUAAUAAAAAAAAAAAAACAAUGCAGAAGACACAAAUUACCAAUAUCAGGAAUGAGAGAGGGGACAUUGCUACAAAUUCUGCAGAUAUAAAAAUGCAGGCAUCCUAUGCAGGCAUUCUAUGUCCAGCAGGCAUCUGAUCUAAGCUUUCUUUUUAGCUUGGCUGUGUUUCCUUAUGCUCAAAUGAGUAAAUACAUGUAUAUUUUCUUAUUUUUUCCUUCUUUAUUAUUAUUUGUUCUUUCUUAUACAAUAGGUAGUAUACUGUAGAUCAUCUUCUGCCCUUUGCUUUUUACAGUUUUUAUUUUAGUAAUUUCUAUACCCAACAUGGGGCUUGAACUCAUGACCCUGAGAUUAAGAGUCACAUUCUCUAUCGACUGAGCCAACCAGGUGCCCCUGCUUUUUUGUUUUUUUUUAACUUAAUAAAUUCUGGAAAACCAUAUCAAUUCAUAGAGAUCUCCCUCUCUCUCUCUCUCUCUUUUUUAAACAACUGACAGUAAUCUAUUUUGUGAAGGUACCAUGUUCUUUUAACCACUGAUACUAUGGACUGAAUGUUUGUAUCCUCUCAAAAUGCUCAUUUUGAAGUCCUAACCCCCAUUGUGAUGGUAUUAGAAGGUGGGGCCUUGAGGAGGUGAUUAGAUUUAGAUGGGGGUGGAGUCCCCUAAUGGGAUCAGUGCCCUAUUAGAAGAGCAAGACACAGGCGCUUUCUCCCUCUCUCCACAAGCUUGCACAGAGGAAAGGCAGUGUGAGUAUACAGACAGGAAGCUGCCAUCUGCAAGCCAGCAAGUGGGUCCUCACUAGACAUCAAAUCCACCGGCGCCAUGAUCUUGGCCCUCUCAACUUCCAGAACUGUGAGCCACCAGUCUACGGUAUUUCCUUAUAACAGCCAGAGCAGACUAACACAACAGUCUUAUGUGUGGCAUUUAGAUUAUUGAAAAUAUUCUACAGCUGCAAACAUUGCUUCUAAUAAACAUUGUGCAAUGUAUUUUCUUAUCGUUGGAAGUAUAUCAACAUGGUAAAUUCUUAGAAAUGGGAUUGCUAAUUCAAAAGGUAAAUGCAAGUGUAGUUUUGCUAGAGACUGCCAAAUUACUCUCUAUGAUGGUUGUUCUAAUUCACAUUCCCUCCAGCAGUCUAUGAGAUGCUUCUUUAUCCACAGCCUCACUAUCAGAAUGUAUUGUAAUUUUAAAAUUUUGUCAAUAUGAUAGGUGAGAAGCAGUAUUUUAGUGUAGUUUUAAAUUAGUUUUAGGAAUGAGGUUGAAAAUCUUUUCAUUUUCACAUAUAAAAUUUUUAAUGGUCUGUUCUCGUCUUCUGCCAGUUUUUCCUUGGCCCCCCCUCCCCUUUCUGUCUCCUCAAUUUUUAAGUUACUUAUUGGCAUAUUGGUCCUUACUCUGUAAUAUAUGUUGCAAAUAUUUUCCCCCAGGGUAUUGAUGGUCUUAUGACUUUGUUUAUGGUGACAUUGCCAUACAAAACCAGUUUUUUGUUUUAAUCAAAUUUAUCAAUCUUUUAGUGGAUUUAGUGUAUUUGGAUUUCGAGUCAUAGUUAGAAGCCUUUCCCCAUAUGCAGGCUAAAGAGAAAUUCACUUAUUUUUCUUCUAAUACUUGUAUGGAUUUAGUUUACAUUUAGAUCCUGACCAUCUGGAGUUUAUUCUUGAAUAUGAUGUGGGGUAAAACUCAAUCUUCUCUUUUUCUCCAAAUGGCUAACUAUUUGUGCCAACAUCAUUUAUUAAAAAGCCUGGUUUUGCCAUAGAGAUUUGAGUUGCUACCUUUAUCACAUACUAAAGCUCCAUAUGUACUUGACAUUAUUUCUGGUUUUUCCAUGAUAGACUUGAUAAACUUUGAUAGACUUGCCUGUCUAUUCAUGUGUUAGCACUACACUUUUCUAAUUAUAAAAAUUUUACAGCAUGUUUUAAUGACUUAUAGGGCUAGUCACCUUAUAUUUUUUCCUUUUAGUGUUUUCCUUGCUAUUCUUAAAUUAUGUAUAUAUUUUUCCAUAUGAAAUUUAGCAUCAACUUGUACAGUUCCUUACAAAAAACUUAUUGGGGCGCCUGGGUGGCUCAGUUGCUUAAGCAUCCAACUUCAGAUCAGGUCAUGAUCUCACAGUCUGUGAGUUUGAGCCCCGCGUCAGGCUCUGUGCUGACAGCUCAGAGCCUGGAGACUGCUUCACAUUCUGUGUCUCCCUCUCUCUGUGCCCCUCCCCUGCUCAUGCUGUGUCUCUCUCUGUCUCAACAAUAAAUAAAAACAUUUUAAAAAAUUCAAAAAAAACUUAUUAGUAUCUUUCUUGGGAUUGCAUUAAAUUUAUAAAUUAAUUUAGGGAGACCUGAUAUUUUUAUAAAUUUUUUUUAAUGUUUAUUUAUUUUUGAGAGAGAUAGAGACAGAGUGUGAGCAUGGGAGGGGCAGAGAAAGAGAAGGAGACCACAGAAUCCAAAGCAGACUCCAGGCUCCAAGCUGUCAGCGCAAAGCCCAACGUGGGGCUCGAACUCACAAACUAUGAGAUCAUGACCUCAGCCGAUGUCAGAGGCUUAACCGAUUGAGCCACCCAGGUGCCCCCUUUUUUUUAUUUUAAUUUUUUUCAAUGUUUAUUUAUUUGGGAGACCUGACAUUUUUAUAAUACCGAGUCAUUUUGUUCAAGAACCAGAAAUGUCUUUACAUUUGUUCAAGUCUACUUGUUUUAAAAUUUUUCCUCAUGUAGUUUUUAAAUAUUUCUUAUUAUAUUUAUUCCUGAAUUGUUAAUUUUCUUGACACAUACAUUAGAUUUUUCUGUAUUAUAUAUCGAUACCACUUAUUAUUUGUAUAGUUGAAGUCUAUUGAUUUCUAUAUGAUAAUUUGAUGGCGUGCUAAAUUAUCAAAAUGGUAGUUUUAUCGCUGAUUCCCCAGGGUUUUCUGUGUACAUUUAUAUCAUCUGCAAAAUAGAGAUAGUUUUAUUUUUCUUUUCGAAAUCUCAUGUCUGUAAUUGAGUGUCUUGUCUUACUGGCUAACAUCACUAGUAAAAUGUUGAGUGGCAGUGGAGACCGUGGGCAAAGUUGCCUUGUUCCUGAUCUUCAUGGAAAGUUCCUAGCAUUUCCCCGCUAAAUGAGAUCCUGGUUGUAGCACAAAAGUUGUGUGUGUGUCCAUGCACAUGUGUCAACUUACAUCUUAAGAAAGUACCCAUAAGUUUCUAUUUUCUUAAGUCUUUUUAAUGAAUUUUGGGUGAUGAAUUUUGUAAAAGACUUUUUCAGCAGCUGUGGAAAUAAAUGCAAUUUAUCUCCUUAGAUCGAUCUAUAAA